AUGGGUCCACUACUGCGGAUACCGAGGUUCCUUCGUGUCAGGGAUGUAGACGAAGGAAGCUCCGUUGUUCGAGAGAUAAGCCAACAUGCAACCAUUGCCAAAGGCUGGGUACAACAAACCCGGAGUCAAGACUGGAGUCAUAGAAGGCCUAAGUCGCAGAGUCGCCUCAUACAAGAACUUCGUGGCUUAGUAUCCAGUGCUGGCGUCACACUACCACUGCAGACUAUCAAUAGCGCUUUGGCUCAGACUCAGCACGCGACGCCUGGAACAGCAUCUCUCUCAUCCCCGAACGAUGUCCAUCAGCAGCCUCGGAAGAGGAGACGAGUUGAUAGCUGUGGCAAUCCAAACAUAGAGUUGGCCAGUCAACUUGGCGAGCUUGGAAGCACGACAAGCCAAUUACCACCACCAGAGCUAUUAGAAGAAGUCAUCAACGCAUAUUUCAUCCUGGUUCAACCAUGGAUACCAAUACUACAUGAAACUCGUUUCAGAAGCCGGUUUUACAACCAUGAGCAAUUACCAUGUCUCACUGUGCUACUGCACGCCAUAGUGGUUGCUGCCAUCCGCUUCGUGGACCUCGGUAGCGACAAGAUAUCGGAGAAGGAGACUGAGAUAUGGACAUCCAAAUCCAGAAGUAUAGUUAUCUUGUCCGGCAUGGAUGGUAUGUCGGUUGAGAACUUACAAGCUCUAAGUAUAAUAGCAUUUACGGAUAUGGGCAACGGAGACAUAGCCCGGGCUUGGCCUAUUAUAGGUUCGCUCACGAGGACCGUCGAAUAUCUGCAGCUCAGUGUUGAGUUUGAUGAUCGACAACAGGGACCUCUCCUCAAACCUUUAACAUCCCUACCGCCAGCACAGAAUUGGGCACAGGAAGAAGAACGAAGACGAGUCUUUUGGAGUAUCUUCAACUUGGAUAGGCUCUGUUCUGUCAUGACUGGAAGACUUCCUGCCGAUGGAGGUCUUUGGCACAAGGUAGAAACAGUAUUAACGCCCUACUUCGGUAUUUGGGAUCGGUCUGCAGCAAAGAUGGGCAACUCGAUCGUCUUCCUUCCAGCUCAUUAUCCAAGCCCCGAACAAGUUACAGAAGCACCAACAGAAACGCCAUCAACAAAUACCACAGCAUCCAAGAGGAAUGAUACAGUCGAUAUGACCACUGUGGGCGCUUUUGCAUAUUGCAUCGAAGCAACCGAGUCUUUGAGUCGGGUUACUACAUACUUUCUUCAACAAAGGAUCAAUUUCAAAGAUCGCCAGGAAGUCGGCAACUGGCUUACCAGAUUCAAGGAGUUGGAUCUUCGCCUCGUUCAGUGAUUGGAAAAUGUUCUUACCUCAAAAGUGGAAAGACUCCAACAUUUCCAGACGACCGACCAUCAUUAACAUGGAUCCGAACCUUACCCUCGCUCACAUCACUCACAAUACCUCGAUGAUUUUGCUACACCAGCAGAUAGCAUAUCCAGCACCCCAGUGGACAAGUAUAGUCAGGAUGCCCAGUGCACAUAGUGCCGAAACAUGCCAAAUUGCGGCGGCAGAGACGGCGACAAUCACUCAAAAGUAUCUCAAGUAUACGGCAGAGAAUAGUCCAGUGAACAGCCAAUUUGCAUUCUGUGUCUUUGUUAGUGCUCGAGCACUGCUAGGUAGGUCUUUCAAGGUUACUUCCAUUAAC